CUGUGUCCCUCAGACACAGCAGAUCACCGAUCAACGGAAAGAGCCGAAGAUGUCAGCUCAGUCAUGUGAUCAGCUGUGUCCAAUCACAGCUGAUCACAUGGACAUGUACACUGAUCAUCAGGGCACUGAUGAUCAGUGUGCCCUGAUGAUCAGUGUAGCCCCAGCAGUGCCACCUGUCAGUGCCCAUCAAUGCCAGCUGUCAGUGUUCAUCAAUGCCACCUCCCAGUGCCCAUCAAUGCCUCAUCAAUGCCACAUAUCAGUGCCUACCAGUGCACAUCAAUGCCACAUAUCAGUGCCCAUCUGAGUUGCCUUUCAGUGUCACAUAUCAGUGCCAGUCAGUGCCACCUAUCAAUGCCAGUCAGUGCCACCUAUCAGUGUCAGUCAGUGCCGCCUAUCAGUGCCGCCUAUCAGUGCCCGUCAGUGCUGCCUGUCAGUG